GGACCAUGUGACAGCUGUGACGGCCGUGACGUUUGAGCGGCCACACAGACACAGGUAGUUGGUGAUGUUGACGUGAAGCGCUGACAGUCGGUAUCACUGCAGGUAAAUAAUGGGCCAGGCAAUAUUCCUUGUUGGACUAGACUUGUCAGCUAAAACCCUGUUUAAUUAUAGACGGAACCCGGUUUAUAUCACUAUUGCUACACUGGUCCCAAGACUUCUCAACGCACAUCCUGCUAUGUCCCAGUGAGACACAAUGACAGCUGUUCGUCGCCUGUUCCUCUGCGCGUGCAGGGUGCCUCGCCCCCUGGUGGCAAUUGCGAUAGUGGUGACAAUACUGAUAGCAUACCUCUCUACAACAGGCCAAAAGGCGCCCCGGAAGUCAACGCGUGAUGACAGAGCCAGUGUACCACAGAUGCUACACACCGACGUGGUUGAAAGCGACCCUUCUAUUUACGUAACACGACGACGUCGCUUGCAGCAGCUAUGUGAGGGCAGGAAGGGAACAGCGUGGACAGAAAACAUCCUCGUCUACCGCAACAUGUCCUAUGGUGUGGUAGCUAAGGCUGGCUGUACGUUUUGGAUCCGCGUGUUCCGGUUCCUACAUAACGAUACCAUGGGGCGUAUCCUUGACAACCCAUUCCAGAUGACGAGAACUGAAGCUCAUGGGGGACCCAGGAAGAUCAAGAUGUACAGACUUCAGAAUGAGGAGGACAGACGUGUUGUCAUGGCAACAACACGUUUCAUGGUUGCUAGGAACCCAUUUACUCGAUUGUUCUCCGCUUACAUAGAUAAACUGUAUCUCCCUGACUACUGGUCCAGCGCUGGCAAAACUAUAGUCUCCCGUCGAGAGAUUGUAUCUUCUAUAAGUCUGAGGUGCGGGCACGACGUCUCCUUCGCUGAAUUCCUUGAGCAUGUUGUUCGUGUCGGUGAACACAAUGCCGUGUCUUUGAACGGCCAUUGGCGUCCGAUAGAGCAUUCCUGCAACCCAUGCGCAUUCAAACCGGAUAUAGUGGCCACGCAGGAGACAUUCUCGCGAGAUUCUCGUUAUAUACUAGAAAGAUUCGGCCUUGGGCACUUACUACAUAACCACUCUCACACAGAUCAUGUGCAAGACGAGUUGACAAUACUUACAGACUGGAACUAUCACCCACGUGACGAGUGUCUCACCCGGAAGCAGUUGGCUGGAAGGUUAUGGAAGACGUUUCAGAUCAAUGGCUACCUUACUCCCGGCUCAGAGGUACUUUUAGAAGCGGAGUUUUCAGAGACUCUGACUAGAGACAAACUAAAGCAGCUGAUGUUCAGAUCCUAUCGUGACGCCAUGUUGACAAAACAGAAGUCUUCCGCACAGAGACGAUCCUACCUGAGACAGGCCUACGCCUCUGUACCACGUGACAUACUUGAUAGAGUGGUCAGACUUUUCAGAAAUGACUUUUUAUACUUCGACUAUGACAGCUCCAUAGACAGUCUUCUACGUAAGUGAGUGAGUUUAUUUUAACGCCGCACUCAGCAAUAUCCCAGCUGUAUGACGGUGUCGGGCGGAUAAGCUUUUUGAGAAAGAGGGUGUGCACAGUUCAUUUUCAAAAUGGUCAUUUAAUAAACUUUCAGGACAAAAGGGAGGGUGGGUGUUUCGCGCCCCUGCAACCCCCAACCCCCCUUUUGAAAAUGACUUAAGAUGACAUUGAAAAUUUUUUUUGGCUUUGGCAUAGCCAAUGGGGGGUUCAGAGAGUUCGAACCCCCUGAAGCCCCUCCUUUCAAAAUUCCUGGAUCCGCUCAUGUGAAGGAUAAUUAAAGUAACAUUUCAAUAUUAGUAACUCUUGAGAAUGAAAGUGAAAUUUGUGGCAAAUGCAUAUCAAAUAUAUGUGAUUGAUGUGA